UCCUGCAUCAAAACACUGGCUGUGCACUCGUGGAAAAACCGCCCUGCCUGCCUGCCUGCUACUCCUAACCCGUAGCACGGCAUCCUCGUCUCUGCGAGGACACGGGGCAACACUUUUAAUCAUAACCUGACCUCUCAAAUCCGUUUUGUAGUUUUGUAAUGUGGGGCGUGCGUGCCACACACACUACUAAUCCCUGCAUCCUCAGAGAAGGACCAUGAUUUCUGGGACGGUGUUGCCAGGAGGAAGGUGGCGUCUGGGACCUGUUGGAAAUGACAGCUGAAGAAAGCGGACUGAAGCACGGGGAUCACGAUAACAGUAAACGGAGCAGAUAGCGAAGAAACCCCCUCGCGUCACCGUGUAAAGGGGUUGUAGAGAUGGAGUCCCUGAUGAGUGCGGUGGCACCGCGCUCCCCAGCUCCAGCCAAGAAGCUGUCAGAGGUGGACUUCCGGUCGGGGGCCACCCUGGAGCAGUUGUCAGCCCAGGUGUCUGAGCUGGUAGUACUGGAACAGGGAGACUUCGGAGACCAGACCGCCUUAGAGGUUCACACUGCCAAGGACUUUAUCUUCAACAUGCUAGGCUUAGUCCAGAAGGUCGACCAGCGCCUACCGGUGGCCAACGAGUACCUGCUGCUGUCAGGCGGGGCCAGGGAGGGGGUGUUGGACCUCAACCCUGAGGACCUGGGGGACUACGCCAAAGGGGCCGACUUUGACCUGGACUUCACCCUGCUGGUACCCGCCCUCAAGCUCCAUGACCGCAACCAGCCCGUCACCCUGGACAUGAGGCACUCCCCGCCCUGCCACUCGUGGCUCAGCCUGCGCCUCUGCGACUCCAACGUCAUGUCCCGCUGGAGCAUCUGCUGCCAGGAGGAGAAUGGAUUUCCCACCGAGGAAGAUGAGGAGGAAGAAGAGGCAGAAAUGAGUAAAGGCUCCAUCCCCUCCCUGGACUCUCCUCAUUCUCUGGAUGGAUGCUACUUCUCUCCCUCCCUGGUGACUGACUGGUUUUGGGGGGUGGUGAGCGAGGCUGUGGAGGAGCUUAGGCGCAGCCCCCAGAGAGGCAUUCCUACCCCGGACAGACUGGAGAGGAACGGACCCCUCACCACCAUCAUCCUCCAGGCCGGCUCUAGUCGGGUGCUGUACGACCUGCUGCCCGUGGUGUCGUUUCGGGGCUGGCCUGCUGUGGCCCAAGGCUGGCUGACCGCCAACCACUUCUGGGAUGGUAAAAUCACAGAGGAGGAAGCCAUAUCGGGCUUCUAUCUGCUGCCCUGCUGCUCCCCGCUGGGCGGUCGGCCCGACAGGGAGUGGAGGCUGGCAUUCUCACGCAGCGAGGUUCAGUUGAAGAAGUGCAUCCCUUACCCCAUGGCCCAGGCUUUCCAAGCAGCCAGAGCCGUGUUGUCUCGUAUCCUGGCCCGUCCUCGUAGAGGCCUCAGCCUCUACCACCUGCGUACCCUUCUGUUCUGGGCCUGCGAUCGACUUCCCCCCGCCUAUCUGUCCUGCCCUGACGCCGAAACCCCUGGCCGACUCCUCCUAGGUCUCCUGGAUGACCUGGCUCAUUGCAUCCUGGGUAAAAACUGCCCAAACUACUUCCUGCCCCAGUGCAACAUGUUGGAGCACCUCACAGACAGCCAGGCGCUGCUUGUCGCCAGGAAACUUGCCCACGUGCGCUCUGAUCCCAGCGAGCACCUGCGGGCGGCUCUGGACCAAGCCCAGCAGGCGGGCCAGCUGAAGAAGGAGCUCACGGCGAGCACCAACGGCCACGGCUCCCCGGGCAACCCGGCCAGCGGCAUCAUCUCCCCCUCGGAGGACAAGCUGGCGCAGCGACUGCAGCAGCUGGUAACUGAGAACCCUGGGAAAUCCAUAUCCGUCUUCCUCAACCCUGAUGAUGUCACCAGGCCACACUUCCGCAUCGAUGACAAGUUCUACUGAUGCAGACGUGCUGCGGAGAAGACGGCACACCGGAGGUGACGGGGACUGGACGUGAACACACUCCUCCUGUUCACCAUUGUUAGACUGAAAAAUGCAACGAAGCCUUGCUGCUCGACUGACUCUUUAAACCAAAAACACACAUGUCCUACUACUGAGAAAUCACGCAGACGUCGCACAAUACACAUGAUGUCACCGAGCUGUUGCCACGGAGACGGCCCUCUCCUAACGAGCUGGCCUUAAUGAGACUUAUCAGCUGGUGUUAAGAAGACAAGGGCCGACUUAAGUCGUGUGAUAUAAGUCCAAUGGAGCUCAGCACAGAGUGUGUACGUGUGUAUGUGUGUGUGUACGUGUGUGUGUGCGUGUGUGUGUGUGUGUGUGUGUGUGUGUAGAAGACUAAGGGUUAUAACAUUUUACCUACCUUUCUAAAGACAAAGAGAGAAAAGCUCCUUGAUUGCUGCAUUUUUCUCCUUAUCUUAGAGCAGAGUGGCUGAAUUAGAGAGGAGAAACAAGGUGUGGCUGAUGUAACUGAAUGUAAUGUUGUGAGGAGAACUGCCGAGUCUUUGAACAAAGAGUCUCUUUCCUCUGUCAACUACAUUGUAGCCCUCUUUUUGUUUUUACCCCCUUGC